GGGGAAAUAAAUUAAUGUGUGGCUGAUUGACACAAUAGUUGCAUACAUUGAGUAUGAAUUUGGGAUAUAAAAGAAAAAGGGGAAAUGCUCACAGGUAUUGCACGUCACCUGGCUUCUGCUGAACAAGAACGACGCAGUUGCCACGAUGAAGUACAGUCACCUAUCAGCCAUAGUGCUGAUAAGCUUGCUGGUGGGCCAUGCCGUGGCGCAGACGACAUUGUCGUUGACCAAUACGGGUAUCCUUGGUACUGCUUUAGGACUGGGUGCCUUAUACUAUUUAUAUGAACAGAACAACAGACUACCUCCGUUUCCUCCAAUACUUCCUCCACCACAAUUAUAUGGACCAAGCUGGGGCCCUAAUCCUUUCUGGCGGCCACGACAUCCUCCUCCACCACCACCACCACCAUUUUUUGCACGCGGCCCAUAUAGAGGUUGAUAAGGCUCUGAGAUUUCUCGGAGGGUUCGCAGUGACACAAAUGGAUCAUGGAUACCAAAAACAUGUUAAAAAUAAAACGAUGACCCUUUUA